AUGGCUCUGAAGUCCCUGGUCCUGUUGUCACUGCUGGUCCUGGUGCUGCUGCUGGUGUGGGUCCAGCCUUCCCUGGGCAAGGAAUCUGCAGCCCCCAAGUUUGAGCGGCAGCACACGGACUCUGGCAGCUCCCCCAGCAGCAGCUCCAACUACUGCAACCUGAUGAUCGUCUGCUGGAAGAUGACCCAGGGGAAAUGCAGGCCAGUGGACACCUUUGUGCACGAGUCCCUGGCCAAUGUCAAGGCCGUGUGCUCCCAGAAGAAAGUCACCUGCAAGAAUGGGCAGUCCAACUGCUACCAGAGCAAAUCUGCCAUGCACAUUACAGAGUGCCGCAAGACUGGCAGCUCCAAGUACCCCAACUGUGCCUACAAGACCACCCGGGUGGAGAAACGCAUCAUAGUGGCUUGUGAAGGAAAACCGUAUGUACCAGUCCACUUUGGUGCUUCAGUGUAG